UAUGGAAAGUGAAGUGGUGCAUUCCGUUGUGGUCAUGUUGCCUCCAAAGAACUGCAUCCCAAGAAACUACAGCUGUAUAGCUGGGCUUUUUGGGAGCUUGGCAGCUGUGAAUCAGGUGAAAGAAGAGACCGAGGAAGAACUGAAUGGAGAUUGCGAACCACUCGAGUUCCGCGUGGUGGAAGAAAAACCCAGGGGUAGGGAAAGCUUCCUCAAACCUCCUCCACAGAGCCCAACACUCCGCCGCAGGUGUAAGUCUUUGCCGACCCCAUCUGAACGAGCCAAGCUUGAGAUCUCCCGGACCAGAAGUCCUUCAAGUCAGAAAAAGGUUCGCUUUGCAGACUCGUUGGGUUUGGAUCUCAUUUCUGUUCGACACUUCGAUGACACUGAUGUGCCAGAGGUUCCGCAACGCAUUUUGGACAACUUCAGGAGACAGAAUCCUCUACGUCUCACCCGAUUUGACAAAUUCCCUUCGAUGCCUACCCAAACAAUUUUUAUGGAAAUGGAUUUCACAAAUCCAGGAACUCUUCCCGACUUUAUUGAGAAGGUGAAAGAGUUGAAAGUGUUGCUGGAGUGCGUGCAGAGCGACGAUUUUAGCUUGUCUGGGUUUGUAAGGGUGCUCAACCUUGCUUUUGAGAAAAGUGUGGCUGUGAGGUACACCCUCAACAACUGGAUGUCAUUCAUUGAUAUUCUGGCAUCAUAUGUCCCCCACUCCAGUGAUGGAGUUACAGACAAAUUCUCAUUCAAAAUGGUCGUGCCAACAUUUUUGGAGAGUGGCGGCACAUUGCAGUUCGCAAUCAAAUACAGCGUGGAGGGAGAGGACUUUUGGGACAACAAUUACGGUAACAACUACAAAGUGAAACGCCACAAGUUCAAAAUUUCGCCCCCACGUGAAUGGGAGGAUGGUUGGAUUCAUUUCAUUUAG